AUGCUUUAUAUUGACAAUCCCGUUGAAGCUGGAUUUUCCUUCACCCAGAGCGAGGAUGGCUACGGAACUAACCAGUUCGAUGUCGAUUGCGACCUGUUUGAGGCUCUCCAACAGCCCUUCACAUUAUUCAACGAAUAUGCCCAGGACGAUUUCUAUAAUACCGGAGAGUUAUGGGUUAGUCAUUACGAAAAUAACUUGAUACCUCGGAUUUUGCUUACUAUAUCCUUAGUCUACACAGUUCAUAAGGACAAGGGUAAAGCAAUGAUGAGGUUGACCAUCGCCGACAGUUUCUGCGACGCGCUAACGAUGCCGAAUCAUGCCGACUUUCUCUCGACAACAAGCAGGCGACCCAUUUCCAAACUGAACAUUAUAAGGUUAAGAACUUUAUUGAGCAAGAAGACUGCGUUCAAGAUCUUCGAUCAGCUUCUUUUAAAAGGCAAACAAGCAAAUGGAACUAAGAGUUAUUUUAAUGAUGUCACCGGGUUCAACUCCUCCUAUAACUGCCUGUUGUUAUCCAAUGAACCAGCCAACUUUGAAUACUAUAACCAGUUUGUGCAGACGACCCAGAUCCGAAAAGCCGUCCACGUAAGUGACCGGACCUACAACGACGGACCUGUUGUCGAGAGUAAAUCUACGGGCGACAUUAUGCGUUCGUCCAAGCCCUGAAGUGCCGAAAUGAUGGAAAAUUACAAGAUAAUAAAUAAAACUACUGGCCAGCCCGUAGGUUAUGUACGUCGGGCAAAACAGUUUACGGAGGUUCUGGUUAAGAACGCCGGCCAUAUUCUCCCCCACGACGAACCCGGCAGUGCUUGCGAUAUGAUCGACCACUUCGUCAACAACCGUUCAAUUGAGGUUCAAUACAAGCAUACGCGUAGAGGACGAGCGACGGAACGAAAGAAUCGAAACAUCGAUUGUGAUUUUGUACCAAGCUCUUGCUAAUGUAGAAUCAAUCCGUUUCCAGCUGAUGGUUAUAUGUGUUGCAAUUUACACAAUAUACAAUGAGCAAUAAUGUUAGACACGUCGCAUACUUUUACCCACAUUCGGAAAAUCCUAUAAUCACGUAGCAACAACUAUGAGAGACCAAAAAAUCUC